ACCAGUAAAUAGCUUGUCAUACGUCAAAAACAGUGAACGUUUACCACAGAAGGUUUAGCCGUUGCGUAUUACAUGUAGAUUCGGUAAAUUUAGAAGCCAAUCGUCUUUUAAUCGCAUACUCACGUUGCAUGAUCAUUUCCUUAAAAAAUCUUCACUGUCCCGGACGCGCUACGGGGACAGAAACUAGUUGUCUCAUAUGUGCAGUAAUUCAUAAUCCUGAAAGCUGUAGAACGAUUUAAAUACUUCUGUAACUUCCUCAACGUUCACGUAAUUACACAAUUACGUAAAUAUUUUCGUCCAUUAGAAUAUUAUACUCCUGUUUUCUUUCUGUUUAUUGUGAUCCAGCUACUUAGUCUUAUGACGUGUAACAUAACCUACUUAUAACAAACGAUAGCAAGGUCUACAAGUACGCGUAGUAUUACCUUCUUUAACAGUUAUUUUCGAGUAUCUUUUUACCGCGAAGUUGAUGGUACACGUUUAGGUUCAAUCGUCGUUCGCUUUUCGUUGAAAAGGUACCGUAAUCUAAAAUCACUAUAUGUAUACUUCCUUAUGUAAAUAUUUGGAAUUGCUGGCUCUUUUACCAAUGAUGACUGCAAAGACAAUUAAUGUUUGAACGUUCAUAAGGGAAUGAGGAACUUGUAUCGCUUCUUUAAUUAUCUUGGAAAAGUGGCAGGUGCCAGUUAACAUAAUUUCUAAUAAUUAUGGAAAAUCAAAGUCAUCAUGGCCAAACUUACCAGACUCAUCAGUCUUUCUGGAAGAAGAGUACUCAUGCUGUACCAGGCAGACCAAGUCCAAAACAAGAUGGUAAGCAUGGUAAAAUGGGUGCUACAACACUCAUGUCUGGUAGUUCAACGAACGCAGUGUCCACGAGUGGAGGUAUGUCGAGCAGUAGCGGUGGAUCCACGUCUUUUCAAGACUUUCAAGAAAGUAUCGACGAUGCUUGGGAUUCGGGAGACGAUGAAUUCUGCACAGUUUCCGAUGUAAAGAUAUCGAAGCGGGUCAGUCAAUCGGCUGCGAUCAGUGUCAUUAAUAGUCAUCGGUCGAGAAAAUCCUGCUUAGACUCUGGGACAAAUUCGAAGCAGUCUCAACGAGUCCAAGAGAUCAUACCCGAAGAGAAAAAGACCGAAGCUCUCCAACGAUUAGCCGUUCAACCUUUGCACUUGCGGAAUGCCAAUUUGUCUAUGAAUUUGCAAAUGAACAACACUCAACAUUCCACAGACGACACAGACAUAAAAUACGGCAUUUCCCCACAGCACAGACCAACACUCCCAGGCAGGCCUCAGCCAUUAAGGCAAACAAAUGCCCCUACCAAAUUUUUUAUACCUUCUAAGGAACAAGAUGGUGAAAGUAAAGUAGAUAAAUUUCAAUCUCUCUUGGAAGCUUCUGUAUUAAACUUAGAUGAAUUAAGGCAGCUAUCUUGGUCAGGUGUGCCUGCAAGAUUACGUUCUGUCACAUGGAGGUUGUUGUCUGAGUAUUUGCCAGCUAAUAUAGAACGGAGGCAAAGCGUAUUAGAACGUAAACGACUCGAUUACUGGAAUUUAGUGAAACAGUAUUAUGAUACUGAACGAGAUGAAGGAUUCCAAGAUACAUAUCGUCAGAUUCACAUUGACAUUCCGAGAAUGUCUCCCCUUAUUUCGUUAUUUCAGCAAUCAACGGUACAAUUAAUCUUUGAAAGAAUACUCUAUAUAUGGGCCAUUCGUCAUCCUGCUUCUGGAUAUGUCCAAGGGAUGAAUGAUCUAGUGACACCUUUCUUUCUGGUAUUUUUGCAAGAAGCUGUUCCGGUGUCCGCAUGGCAAGACUUAGAAAAUUACGAUGUUGCUUCGUUACAGAAAGAGCAGAGGGACAUUAUAGAGGCAGAUAGCUUUUGGUGCUUGUCCAAAUUUCUCGACGGUAUACAAGAUAACUAUAUCUUUGCUCAAUUAGGCAUUCAGCACAAAGUGAUCCAGCUGAAGGAGCUUAUACAGAGAAUAGACGCGCCGUUGCAUCAGCAUCUUCAUAAACACGGUGUAGAUUAUUUGCAGUUCUCGUUUCGGUGGAUGAAUAAUUUGCUAACCAGGGAAAUCCCUCUUCAUUGCACGAUCCGUCUGUGGGACACUUAUCUGGCGGAAUCCGACAGAUUCGCUUCGUUUCAGUUGUACGUCUGUGCUGCGUUUCUUCUUCGUUGGAGGCGACAUCUGCUUUUGCAACCUGACUUUCAAGGACUGAUGUUAAUGCUACAAAACCUGCCUACUCAAAAUUGGACAGACUCAGAGAUAGGUGUAUUGGUUGCAGAAGCGUAUAAGUUGAAAUUCACGUUUGCCGAUGCCCCAAAUCAUCUGCAAGCACAUGAUACCAGGUGACCAUUUUGCAACGCGUCCAGAUAACGGUAUCGCAAUAGUGGCCAAAUGACUUUGGCACAAACGAUUUUGUGCUAAGUUGUUCCUCCUGUGUUAACGGUCGUCAUGUAUGUUAUACAAUUACAUGGUCCACGACCACCUUCGAUUGUUCUAAACCCGAUCAUUUUUGUAUCACACUCUCUCUUUGGUCAGAGAUCGCUCUGACGUAUUUUCGUUACGUUUUGCGGCGAUUCUACCAGUCUUUAUAAAUAUUAUUAUUAUUUUUACUUCUCUUUUUUUUUAAAUGGAAAAUAGAAUUAUUAAUAGACAUUUUACCGCCGUCUUUCGGCUUGCCAAAGACGUACGGGCAAGCUCUGAUACUUUGAAAUGCAACGUGAAUCGAUUGCCGUAAACGAUUCGCGUUAGGUUUGUAUAGUAUGUUUCGAAUUAUUAUACACAGAUAAUAUAUGUAUGUGUAUAAAUAUAUAUAUACAUACACAUAUAUACAAAAGUGAAAAAGGUUUUAUAAAUCAAAUGCGACUACGUGAUUGUUCUUUUAUGCGAACUGUAUACAAAAAUCCGGCAUGUACUCUAGCGAUAAGUUUCUCUUUCCCAGUAUGAACAUCUUUUCAUCAUAAUUCUAUAUCUUCACGCUGCUAUCACACUGUUACUUUUCCGCUUCGUAUAAGUAUAAUAUUUACCAUACAUAAGGGUAGCGUUUUCGUUUGAAUCCUGGUAUUUUAGACUUUUGGAAGGCGUGGAAAUCGCAUUGUUCGGAAACUGGAAUCUCGCGUCGAAACCUUGACGCAAUGUUUUGCCAUGCUUACGCAUUGCCAUAGUGUAUAGCGAGGAAGAAGGUUCUAAAUACCUUCGAGAAUAUCUGUAUGUUAAAUAUUCUUAGUUAUUUCGUAGCCGUCUCGCUGUAUGGUCGCGAGACAUGAUAUUUUAUUCGUUGUUAAAAAGAACGGAAGUAUACCUGUCGAUGAUUAACGUUUCGGGGAAGGACCAAUUAAAUGCUGUAUAAAUACAGAAAAGAAAUGAAAAAUGCGACAUGCGUAUAUAUCAACGUAGUUGAUAUAUAUACCGCGCAUUGUUACUUUGCUUUUCGGAUAAAAAUUCUUUCAGGCAAAUGUUUCAUUUUCAUUUGUCGACUUGAAUUAUUUCAUCGAAAAUUUGUACAAUAUCGAAAGGAAAAGAACGAGAGGCUGCGUAGCAUCGUUAACUAAUAAAAAGAGACUGGUUCUAUCUUACCCACACGUGUACAUCGUACUUGUCUCGGAUCAUUUCUAAAUAAAACUCUAACAGGAUACUA